AUGAUCUAUUACGUAACAAGAACAGCUUUGAAUGUUUCCACUCUUGUUAUAAACAAUACACUCAAUAAGCAUUCAAAACAGUACAGGGCUUCUACCCAUUUUGUAAUAAAAGAUGUUUUGCUCUUGACACUAUAUACUUUCUGGUAUUUUCAGUCUAUGAAAAGUUCCAAACAAACGUAUUCUCCAAGAAAAUACCAAGGAUUUCAUUUUCAGUUAAAGAAGUGUAAAACCAAAAAACGUGCCGAAUACAUGAAACCGAUAUGUGUGGAGAUGCUGACAAUCUUGAGUGAUUUCGGCGCAGAUAUGAAGAUGAUUGCAAUGAUGAUUCCAACAAUUUGA